UCCCUCAGAAGCCAAGGAACAAACAAAGGUCAUUUUUCUUGGUUCUCAGAGAACCGAAAGUCUCUGUCAUGCUCUCCUCUCUUAUUCUUUCUAUUUGGAAACCCUAACUUAAAAAAUUUAGGGCAGAAAUCGAUGAUGAAAUGGGAAAUGGAGAUCGAAGAGAUAGAAGCAGUAUUAGAAAAGAUUUGGGAUCUACAUGACAAGCUAAGCGAUGCAAUUCAUUCAAUCUCGAGAUCACAUUUUCUUAAUUCAAUCAAAACCCUAAAGAAAUCUGAUGACGUUUACUUUGCUCGUGACAACAACGAAAAGAAGAAACCAACUAAUAAUAACGGCAACGAAGAACGGAAUGGGUUUGUUUUCAUGAAAGAAUAUCGACUUGUUGAUGAUGCAGCAAUUGCCGAAGCUAAAAGUCUUAAUGCCAUUAGAGCUGCUCUUGAGAACCUUGAAGACCAGCUCGAGUUCUUUCAUACUGUACAAACACAGCAGCGAGCUGAAAGAGAUGCUGCAAUUGCACGAAUAGAGCAAAGCCGGGUUGUUCUCGCAAUGAGAUUGGCAGAUCACCAUGGUAAGCAAUACAGAGUCAUUGAAGAGGCUCUAGCAUUCGUUGGUGGUGUUCAUGAUUCCACUCGCUUUGUCACACCUGAAAAUCUGUUUGGGUCACCAAAAAGUCGAUCUGGUGAGAACUUGGUGAAUCAUGAGGGGAAAUGUUCGAGUAUUGUACUCCGUAUGUUAUCUAGUUUUGUCUUCGUCAAGAAAUCUCUUAAGUUGGACCAAAUGGGUGGGAUAUUAGGCAGCGCUGCUUUGGUAGCGGGUAGCAUGCUUGCUUUGCUGCAUCUGCAUCAGGUAAACUUCAAGAAUAAUUUUUCUGUAGAAAUACCACAGUCGCAAGAUGUUCUCUCUUAUGGAAAACGGAGCAGUAAGAAAUUUUCAGGUGAAAAUUCUUCAUCCAAUGGUCGUGCCAGGGAUUUGGAUGUUUUUGCUGCUAGGGGUUAGUUGAUACCUAAAAUUUUUUGGUGAGUUGUGCAUAUUCAUGUUGUUUUGACUGUUUAGCUUUAGGGUAUUCUGUUGUAAGGGAUUUCGUCGGAUUGUGCUUCCACGUAUUGUACGAAAUCUGGACGGAUGCAGGGCCGUAUUAGGUCUAUCACAUUUCAGGUCAUCUUUUUGCAAUUUGUUUGUGCCUGAGCUCUGUCAUUCAAGUUUACUGACCGCUGGCUGAGUGAAUGUAUAUUCUGUAUUUGAAUGUUUAAUUUUUUUAGUUCUAUUUUUCUGAAGGAGAGCAAACCCA